AUGUCCAACAUUCCCUCCCCCGAAACCCGCACCGCCAUCUCCUCCAAACUCACAACCCUCAUCCAAACCAUCGAGUCAGACCCGGCCUUUGACCGCUCCUCGCCCAGCGGCCUCUUUCACAUGUGGGAUUUCGCAAAGAGGACGGAGUACAUGCUUUCUGAGGUGGAUAAUAUCAGACAGCCUGGUUAUGAGUUUCGCCUGCCUGGGCAGAUCAAGAUCACCGCAAGAGGAGAUGCCGCCGCACAGCAACUCUUCAACGACGCCCUCACGCGCUCCAUCACCCUCGACCAGCUCGUCUCCGGCCCGCCCAUGAUGCGCGCAAUGAUGGGCAUGGCGGGCCCCGUUUCGCCCGAGAUCCAGGCCGCGUCAAAGGCCGUCGUCGAUGCCUUUAAGCAGCAGUAA